GUCCGCGGCUCACGCGAGCUGGGUGUUUCCUGUCUCUUUCAGUCCGGGUUUGGAGACUCCGGCUUCCUCCGGCUUUUCAUGGAAGAGAUGUCAGGAGAAAGUGUGGUGAGCUCAGCGGUGCCAGCGGCUGCCACCCGCACCACUUCCUUCAAGGGCACGAGCCCCAGCUCCAAGUACGUGAAGCUGAACGUGGGCGGAGCCCUGUACUACACCACCAUGCAGACGCUGACCAAGCAGGACACCAUGCUGAAGGCCAUGUUCAGCGGGCGCAUGGAGGUGCUCACGGACAGUGAAGGCUGGAUCCUCAUUGACCGGUGUGGCAAGCACUUCGGUACGAUACUCAACUACCUUCGCGAUGGGGCGGUCCCGUUGCCAGAGAGCCGUCGGGAGAUCGAGGAGCUGCUGGCAGAAGCCAAGUACUACCUGGUCCAGGGCCUGGUGGAAGAGUGCCAGGCCGCCCUGCAACAGAACAAAGAUACUUACGAGCCAUUCUGCAAAGUUCCCGUCAUCACGUCAUCCAAGGAAGAACAGAAACUUAUAGCGACGUCAAAUAAGCCAGCUGUGAAGUUGCUCUACAACAGAAGUAACAACAAAUACUCGUAUACCAGCAAUUCUGACGACAAUAUGUUGAAAAACAUUGAACUGUUUGAUAAGCUGUCUCUGCGCUUUAACGGAAGGGUCCUGUUCAUAAAGGACGUCAUUGGGGACGAAAUCUGCUGCUGGUCCUUCUAUGGCCAGGGCCGCAAGAUCGCCGAGGUCUGCUGUACCUCCAUCGUCUACGCCACUGAGAAGAAACAGACAAAGGUGGAGUUCCCCGAAGCCCGGAUCUAUGAGGAGACCCUGAACAUUUUGCUGUACGAGGCCCAGGAUGGCCGGGGACCUGACAACGCGCUCCUGGAGGCCACGGGCGGGGCGGCCGGGCGCUCCCACCACCUGGACGAGGACGAGGAGCGGGAGCGGGAGCGGAUCGAGCGCGUGCGACGGAUCCACAUCAAGCGCCCAGAUGACCGGGCCCACCUCCACCAGUGAGCGGGUGAACGCACCCCAGCUGGUGAACAAGCCGGGUCCACGGUCUCUGUUUCCCAGAGAAUCUGAGCAGCGCUGGAGCCAGGCUUUUCCUGCUUCCAGAGGAGGGGCUGGGUGAACGGGUGGGGUGUGCGUGUGAGAAACACCUCUACAGUAUUUAUUUUGGGGGGUGUUGACUGCCUCUCUGACCUUCCCGGGGGGGCCUUCCCUCCAGGGUUCCGUUUGCCGGCUGGGAGCAGGGCCCGUGGUCGGUGGUCACCAGCGGCGUCCCCACGUUUCCCCACCCUGCAGCCCAGCGUCCUGGCCCCGUUCCUGUGUGCUGGGCCUGGCACAGGCUCCAGAGCUUUUUGAGCUGCCCAUCCGGCCGUGGGCGCCGCUCAGCUUGUGGGUGGAGCCCCGCAGCUCCUGGCGGUGGGAGGUGUGCCCUGGGGGUUCGCGCCUCUCUGCUGCGGUUCCCAGCGUGCCCCUGGCUGCCCAGCUCUGCCGAAGGGCAGGCCUGUUGCCCCUUCGGCCGAUCUGUGGUCUGGCUGCGGGCAGAGCUUCCCCCCGCUCCUCCCGCCUGCCCCCACCCCCCACCCCCCGCCCCCCACCUUGGGGACCCACUCCAUUCCAGGCUGGCUGCCUGGCCUGCUCACGGGCACAGCACACAGACCGCUGCCCGGUGGCUCCAUUCCUUCCUCCCCGGCCUUCUGCCCUGUUAAGCAGGGCUUGCUGCCCCAAGCGGAUGCCCUCCCCUUGGCUAAGAAGAAAGGAAACCUGGCCCCAGACUCUGUUCUGGCGUCCAGGCAGGACCAGUGCUCACUACAGGAUGGCUGUCGCCCGGAGAUGCCCUCCGGGUCUCCGCCUUGGAAUCUUACACAGUGUGGCGUGGCUGUCAGCAAGCAGAUUGAGAGGUUGUGCAGGUUUCUGGGGUCCGGUCAGUGUCCGUGUUCAUGUUUGCUUAAGGGACGUGCGUGACUGUGGAUGAGGAUGUGUGCCUGGGGGGCCCAAGGGGCCCGCGCUGGAGCCCUGCUGCCCACACGGCGCUCGUGGGGGGCGGACGUUCUCGGUGACCUACCUCCCCGCCUCUCCGCGCCCGUGCCGGCCCAGAGGGAGUUGUGACGAAUGUGGGUGGCUGAGACUAGGCUGGUAGAGUAGUUCCAGGAAGGUGAGGGUGCGUGUACUGUCUGGAUGGGUUUUGUCGGCUAUUCAAGUGACUGUUUUAUACCAAAGGUAUUAAUACGGGCAGCCUUUGACAGUGUAUUCCCCAAAAAACGAGUUUAUAUUUUGAAAUGGUUUUUACUGCUUAGACUUUGUACAUCCGGCCCUACUUGGGACAGUUGUAUACCUUUAUUUUGUAUCCAGCAGCAAAGCCUACAAUAAAACUUGCAAACAAUCAUGAUCAAACCUAAAAAUCACAUACAGGGGUAGAUGCUUUUUAAACUGUUGUGUGGGCAACUUUCGUAUAUAGGCCACCUGGAUUUUAUUAAGUGCUGAGGACGGGAGGGAGGGGGCUUAAUUAAAUAUGGUUUGUAAAUAUUUUCUACUAUGGAAGUUUUAAACACCAACCCUGCUGUUUGGGUUGUCCUUUUCUAGAACGGUAAAGUGAAUGUCAGUUCUGAUGUUUUCUGUAGGAAUGGAAAAGCCAUCAUGUAAGUUCUCUUUUGUUUUUAAAUGUUUACGUGAAGAGUAAGUUUGUGGAUCAGUCUGAGCUGUCAGGGCUUCUACACCUUAUAAUGUUUAUAAUAACUUAAUAAUGUUUCUGGCAAUCUCUGUUUUCACAUCUCCCCCAACUUUGCACUUGGAGUUUGAAGUCUUUGCUUUCCUGGGAUAUGAACAAGUUCAUGAAAGCAUUCCAUAGUGAGUGAUACUGUUAGCUGCCUAUAGCCGUGAGCUGAUGAUGACGAAGCAUUGGCUGGUCCAAGGCUCUGUUAUCAGACAUAUUCUUCAAGGAACUGAUCUCUUAUGUGAGCACUAAGGGUCAGCAAAAGUCAAUACCUGUAUUUAAGAACCAUCCAAGCAAAUCACUGGCCCUAAGAUUUGUUAGAGUGUAGUUUUUAUUACACUGUAAUAACUUACAGUGGGAAAAACCAAUACAGCUUUGGGUCCCUCAUAAUCAGGUUUUUUUCCAAAUAAGUCAUUGAUUGCGGCGACUCGGGGGCCUCUGCCCAUGACAGCUGCUGGCCGGGCCUCACAGUCGCCCCCUGCAGUGAUUUAGCGGGGUGUCACCGUCCAGGUGCCCCAGCCCUCUGUCCGGGAUGUGUGCUCCCUGCUCCCCAGUCACUGUAACACGUGUGUCACUAACCUUUCUGUCUCUGUGCCACGGGAGAAAGUACACCAUGCGCUUCAGAAGCAGUCACUGUUUGUCGUACCAGCCUCUGUGGACGUGUGUAAAAUAAAAGUUCUGUAUAACGCUUCUA